AUGGACCCCUUGUCGGCCCUUGCUUUAUCCUGCAACAUCCUCGACGUGGUGACAGCCGCUGGAAAGACCUGCACCUUCCUCUACGAAGUGCACAAGGCGGGCACAUUCCCAAACCACGAUGAAUUAGUUUCAACCACGAACAUGCUCGACAAAAGCGUCCAAGCUUUGACACAUCAACUUUCGAAUGCACAUGGUACGAGCCAAACGUGCCAGGCGGAUGACAAAGACCUGCUUGACGUAUUGCAGAAAGCUCGAAGGCUUGCUUCUGAUUUACAGAACAAACUCGACACUCUAAAGUUACAGACCACAGACUCCCGAAGCAAGCGCUUCGAAAAGCUCAUAAAGACUGCGCUGCAAAAGGGCAAAAUCUACGACCUUCAGCGAAGAUGGGAAGAACUCCGCAAGGCUUUCGAUUCCGCCUUGCUCGUACGCCUGACGUAA